AUGAGUGGGCCUACGCUAGAUAAAGUUCUCAUCGGUGUGCCUGAUCGAUGGAUGCACUGCCCUAAAACUGGAAAGGUGAUUGAUGGACUAUUCUUUCCUUUCAAAACUCCCUUGUGUGCUCUGUAUGAUGACCAAAUCGAGAAGAGAUUACGAUUUCAUCCCGAGCACGUUUUUAACCAUCCUUCAAUCAGAGGAAGAAAACUGGGGCUGUGGAUUGAUCUCACCAAAACAGACCGCUACUAUUUUUGGUGUUUUCGCCCAGUUAGCCAAAGCCGAGAAUGUAUAUAUCGUAAAAUACCUCUUGCUGGUCAUGGAUCGUCACCUACAAAGGAGGAAACCGAUCGUUUCAUAAGACUUGUUCAGGGUUUCACUAAGGAUCAUCCAGGAGAAAUUGUAGGUGUACACUGCACACAUGGUUUCAAUCGUACAGGUUUUCUUAUAGCAGCAUAUAUGGUCAUUGAUUGGGCAGUGGAUUGUGCAGUUUUGACAUUUGCUAAGGAACGUCCAUGUGGGAUAUAUAAGCAGGAUUACUUGGUAGACCUAUUUGAACGUUAUGGUGAUCCGGAUGAUUGUUUAGAGGCACCUAGCAAGCCAUCUUGGGAAUAUGGUGAUGCUGUUGGAUAUGACGAUAGUACGGAAGCUUCCACAAGUGAGGCUGGUGAAGAUGCUAAAGAAGUAGAAGAUGAAGCAGGUCAGUCUCAAGGAAAGCGGUUCAUGGAUGGCAUGGUACAAGGUGUAGUUCUUAUCAAGGAUUCUUUAAAGAAAAAAAUGCUCCAAGGCAAGAUAAAAGAAUUGUGUGGGGCGAAGAGAGAUGGAUUUCCUGGGCUGCAGCCCGUUUCGCUGGAAAGGUCUCGUGAUAAUGACAAUUUGAAAUUGCUAGCGCAGCGGCCAUAUAUGGUCUCCUGGAAAGCGGAUGGAAUGAGGUUAUUAAGUUUUCAAGAUGUGAUUUUUCACUUGGUCGUUUCUUCGUUUGUACUCAUUGUAAUUUUUUUCGGAGAAGUCUUGACCUUACUUUUACUUCCUGUUAACGACGAGAAUGGAAAGACUGUUGAUUUGCCCAGACUUCUAAUAUAUGAUAUUAUUCACUUUGAGGAUGUCCAUGUGGGGAAAGACAAUUUCGAUAUUAGAUUUAUGUGCAUACGAAAGGAGCUCAUAGAGCCUAGAAAUGCUGCAAUAAAGGCAGGUCGCAUUCGGAAAGACCGUGAACCAAUGUCUGUGCGUGUGAAGGACUUUUGGGAGAUGGAAGCUCUACCCAAACUUUUUGAACCAAAGUUCACCAAGAACGUGGGCCAUGAGAUCGAUGGUCUUAUUCUUCAGCCAGUUGACGCCCCAUACACUUGUGGACGUUCUGAUAUAGUCCUGAAAUGGAAACCGCCUUCACAUAACUCCAUCGACUUCAAAGUGGUAAAAGAAGGUGAAUUACCGCAACAUAUAGGGUACCUGUACGUGCAAAACUCGAACGAACCAAUGGCUACAAUGAAGGCUACAAAAAAGUUGUUACCUUAUGACAACAAAAUCAUUGAAUGCACGUUUGAAGUACGAUUGAAUGGCCAAUGGAUCUUCAUGAGGGAAAGAACCGACAAGUCGUUGCCUAAUUCAUUGAAGACGGCUCAGGCAGUUUACAGUAGCAUGGUAAAUCCAAUAGACAAGAAUACAUUGAUCGAGUAG